GCAGGCUGCUGCGGGAGGCGGUGGCGGUGGCGGUAGGAAGCCUGAGGCUGCGGGGUGACAGAGUUGGAAAAUAUUUAACUCUCAACAAAUGAAUUCCACACUUGAACUCUGCCGCAUUCCUGUGCCACCUCCUCCUUUAGAAAACUGAUCCUAAGACAGAGAUAAAAGAAGAAUAGAAGGUGAGGAAGAUGCUGGGGUCGGAACGAGCUGUUGUGGAAGAAUGGUUAUCAGAAUUCAAGGCAUUACCUGACACUCAGAUUACCAGUUAUGCAGCAACCUUGCACCGGAAAAAAGCCCUUGUACCAGCUCUCUAUAAAGUUAUUCAAGAUUCAAACAAUGAGCUCCUGGAGCCUGUCUGCCACCAACUGUUUGAGCUCUAUCGUAGCUCUGAAGUUCGACUUAAGAGGUUCACACUGCAGUUCCUGCCUGAAUUGAUUUGGGUUUAUUUGCGACUUACAGUUAGUAGAGACAGGCAGAGCAAUGGCUGCAUUGAAGCACUUCUCCUAGGAAUUUAUAAUUUGGAAAUUGCCGAUAAAGAUGGAAACAAUAAAGUGCUGUCUUUCACUAUUCCUUCCUUAUCUAAGCCUUCAAUAUACCAUGAACCCUCAACAAUUGGAUCCAUGGCUUUGACAGAAGGGGCAUUAUGUCAGCAUGAUCUCAUCAGGGUUGUUUACAGUGAUCUUCAUCCUCAGAGAGAAACAUUCACUGCACAGAACCGGUUUGAAGUUCUAAGUUUUCUCAUGCUGUGCUAUAAUUCAGCUAUUGUGUAUAUGCCUGCAUCAUCUUACCAAUCUCUUUGUCGGAUGGGUUCCAGGGUUUGUGUGAGUGGGUUUCCACGACAACAUGAGAAACAGUGGAAGGAGCUCUGUGGUCGAAUUGUAUUAGAUCCUGAAUUUAUGGUGCAACUUCUCACAGGAGUUUACUAUGCCAUGUAUAAUGGACAGUGGGACCUUGGCCAGGAAGUACUUGAUGACAUCAUUUAUAGAGCUCAGCUAGAACUCUUUUCUCAGCCACUCUUGGUGGCAAAUGCCAUGAAAAAUUCAUUACCAUUUGAUGCACCUGAUUCUUCACAAGAAGGCCAGAAAGUACUUAAAGUGGAAGUCACUCCAACAGUGCCGAGAAUUUCUCGGACUGCAAUUACAACGGCUUCAAUUCGUCGUCAUAGAUGGAGAAGAGAAGAUGGCUUUGACUUCUCAAACGAGGCUGACUCGAGUAUUCCUGGCUCCCCGAUCCAACACGGCUCCACUGACCUAGGGAUCAAACGUGUGCAAGAGGGGGAGGUGCUGGUGCGCAGGACCCCUGAGCAUGGCUCGCCGGAGCCCACCUCAGCAGCAGCCACAACAGAGGGUGCUGAGGGUCUAAAUGGCGGAGAGGAGUCCUUAAACAUGAAUGAUGCAGAUGAAGGAUUUUCAUCAGGGGCUUCUCUUAGCAGCCAACCACAUGGGACCAAACCAUCCUCCUCUUCUCAACGGGGAAGCUUACGGAAAGUAGCAACUGGGCGUUCCGCCAAAGACAAAGAAACAGCAUCAGCCAGCAAAUCCAAUGAGAGCCCUCGAGAGUCAGUAGUUGGAAAGCAAUUUGUACAACAACAAGCAGAUCUCAGCAUAGAUUCAGUUGAGCUGACACCGAUGAAGAAACACUUGAGCCUGCCUGCAGGCCAGGUGGUGCCAAAAACCCAUAGUCUAAGUCUAAUCCGGACAGCCAGUGCUUCCUCAAGUAAAUCUUUUGACUAUGUAAAUGGCGGUCAAGCAAGUACCAGCAUUGGGGUUGGCACUGAGGGAGUUACUAAUCUAGCAGCUACAAAUACUAAUCGAUAUUCAACUAUCAGUCUACAAGAAGACCGGCUAGGUCACGCUGGUGAAGGUAAAGAGCUCCUCAGCCCAGGAGCCCCUUUAACCAAACAGUCUCGAUCCCCAAGUUUCAAUAUGCAGCUAAUAUCCCAGGUGUAGUUCUGAUGCCCCUUGUUCUGCUAACCACCUACACUGAACAUUUCAUUGUGCAAGACACAUCAUCCCGCAUUGUGAAAAAGAUGUCACUGUCAUCAGAUUUGACUUAGCUUAGGUAUCUCAUACUGUAUUUUGUAUGGAAACAGCAAUAAGGUUUUCCUUUCCUUUCUUUUAACCUCUCUACCUAUUCCCUUAAAUGUGUUUGUGAAGCAGUGUAAAACGUUUGCCUUUUCCAUGCCUUCCUAUCUCCUUGGGUGAUGUGCAAUCCAUCGUAGGCUGAUCGGUCCCAUUUCAACACUGUGAGACUGAGGAGAUGUAGAGGAAAUGGUGUAUAAGAUCCCUAUGAAAUGAUUCUUUGGCUUUUGUUUAAAAGCAAAACGGGUUUGUCCACAUAAUCUAUGGAACUAUGAAGAUAACUGGAUCAUAUUUUUUCUCUCUUAACCAGGAGUGCCUCAGAGAUUCUGCUAUGACUUUGGGCUUCUCUGAGUCUGUGCAAUUUUAUAUUCUUGGGAAGCAUGGGGUAAGGUGGUAGACUACUGCAAUUUUUUUAUUAAAAUGAGGCUAACUGCCCCCCUUACUUUAUCCCAA